AUGGUAUCUUCAAGACAACUCAUUCUAGCCUCCGGCUACUUCCGUGAACAAUUCGAUGGCCCAUGGAAGCUGAAGCACCAGACGAAUAGUCGUCAUGUUUUCCAGCUUCCUCUGAAAUGCACCAAUUCAGAGGCAUUCAUGAUCCUUAUAAAGAUACUCCACGGCCAUUCAAUGAAUGUGCCUCGAAAAGUUACGCUUCGGACACUUACCGACAUCGCCCUUCUAGUCGACACCUACAAAUGUCUAGAAGCAGCGGAAAGUUUUGCGGACACCUGGAUCUGCGCACUUAACAGCCGUCUUCCAAAGACUUAUUCGGAAAUUGCGCAUAUGUGGACCUACAUUGCAUACGUCUUUGAGAAGACGCACAUUUUCCAGAUGAUGACGAAGCUUGCUGUGAAAUCCAGCAAGCGACGCAUAACCUCACACCUCCCCAUUCCUCCGACAGUCUUCUUGAAGGUCGAGAAACAGAGAGAGGCGUUGAUUCUAAGAGUCCUGGAAUUUACCAACCGCACAGUUUCUAGGCUGGAACAUGUAGCGACGUCGAACAACUGCGUGUCUGCAGCUAUUAUUCUAGGCACGUUGUCUGUACUCCUUGCAGAUCUUCGUCUUCUGGGCCACAAAGCAAGCCAGAGUUUCCAUUAUGCCAGUUUCGCCACCAUAUCCAAGGCUCUCAAUCAGCUGAAUAUUGAAAAAACACCUUCUAUUCGGCACCAAAGCGAUCAGCUCAUGUCUCGAGGCCUUAGAGAGGGGGAUAAAGGGGCUUCAACUGUGUGA